GAUUACGAAUGUAAACAAUACGAAUCAUUGAGUUCGUGUGUUGUACUCUCUCUCUCGGUCAUUAGGUUAAGGUACUUUGUCGGAAUAUAUAACAAUAAGUCGACGCUGUUAUAAAUCGUAUCGAAACAUAUUUUAUCCAAUAUAUUUCAUUCGUACUAUGGUUUUAAAAAGAAUGGGGAUCUCUAUAAGCAGCAAUCUCCAUGCGAUGAGAUUUUUCAACCACGACAAUUAAUAUUAUUUGCGAUAUAAUGUUUAUUUUGUGAUGUAACGAAACGAUAACCAAAACGAAAAAUAGUGUCGAGGAAGAAAUUCGUUUAAUUGUUAUGGUAAACAGUCGAUAAAACAAAAAUGUAGGUCGAUAAUAAUUGAAGAUAUCCUGUUUUACCAUCGUAACACCGAUUCGCAACGCAAUCUACUAUGGCGAAACAUUUUGCGGGAAACAGAUUAAGCAAAGUCGAUUGAAACAAAUCACGCAAUUAGAUAUAUAGGAUUCGUAAAAAGGACCAAGGACGAAAUAUCGCGUAUAAAAAUGAAUAGAUCAACGAUGUUUUUUAUCGCAGUGGGUGUUAUUUCGUCGGAGAUCAUUUGGCAAGGAUAUAAAAGAUAUCGUAAUUUAAGAUGGAAUCCUUUUUUCAAAGGUUCUGCUAUUAAAGAAAAAAAAGAAUCUCUAAUGGAAGUAUUAUUUUUUUCGGAAGAGUCAGCUUUAUGUCGACCACAUCUCAAUUCUCCUAAUAAUUGCAAAAGAUUCAACUGUGCCGUGGCUAAUUUAAAUAAAUUGAAAAAGUAUUUGAAUUCUGCCAAACGUACUAUAGACGUGUGUAUGUACUUUUUUACUUCUCAACAAUUGAGCCAUGUUAUUAUGGAAGCACAGAAGCGUGGAGUCGCAGUUAAAGUUAUAAUCGAUGCUAAUAUGGCACAGUGUGAUGGUAAUCAAGCUGUGGCUUUUCGUAAAACAAGUACUAAAGUUAGAACUAAAGUCUCAGAUAAUCUUAUGCAUCAUAAAUUCGUCAUCAUCGAUGAUGAUAUUCUUAUCACAGGAAGCGCUAACUGGACAAUGCAGGCUUUAUUUGGAAAUACAGAAAAUAUUAUAAUAACCAAUCAUUCUGUAUUAGUAAAACGAUUCGUAGAUGAAUUUAAAAAAUUGUGGGACAUAUAUGACAAAGAUUUUGUAGAAUCAGCUUCGCUUGAAUCCCAAGGGAUAGAAAUAAGACAAUUGAAAACGGUAGAAAACAGAUAAUACUAAUAAUAACGAUAUUAUGGUACAGCGUUUUUUAUUUUUUAUAAAGGGAAGUAAAUUUUUAAUUUUGUAAUAAAUAUCGAUAUUAUUUUUUUUUUAAGUAGGUUAAUCAUUUUAUAAUUAUUUAUGUUUAAUUUCACACGUAAUGUCAUAUUUUUGUGAAGUUUUAUCUGUGUCUUUAGUGCAAAUAUCAUGGGUCUUUGUGCUCGGCGAUGGAAUUUAUUUCUUAUAAUAUUAAGCCAAAGUAAACUUUGGGGGAGUUACCAUGA